AUAAAAUUUUUAAUUUUUUUAUUAUUUAUUUGUAGAGAGAAGGAAACUACUGAGAGAGAAAGUGAAAUUCUAGAGAGAGAAACCGCCUGCCCAGCUUAGCUUGCUUUUCUUUCCUUCCUUUCUUCGCCAUUUCCGCCAUCAGAAUCGGUAAAGGUUAAAAUCCACAGGAUUUUUCUGAUCGCCGGCUACUCCAUUUUGCUUGGAAUGAUCGUUUUAUUACUAGCAAGAUUCUAGGAUUUCAUUUGGUUUAUCGAUUGGGUUUUUGGUAAAGUAACUGGAUUAAUCUUGAAUUGGGGGGUUUGGGGUGAUAAUUGAAUGGUUUUUGGAGGGACAUUAUAGAAAUAUAGAUUAUUAGUAGUUUUUUUCAAGUUAAAGAGGAUGGGUGAUAAUGAGGAGGCUAACAGUGAAAUGAUGCAAAGGCUUCAAUCUUCAUUUGGAACUACGCAAUCAUCUUCUUCAAUGUCUAAACAACCCUUUACAUCAAUGAACCAACUCGAUAUACCUCAAUUGAACCAGACCCAAAUGCGUGCCAGGCAUUUUGCACAUUUUGCACCGAACUUUACUAGUGACAAUAGCAAAAGAGUAGGGAUACCGCCCUCCCACCCCAAUCAGAUCCCACCCAUUUCGCCGUAUUCUCAGAUCCCGGUGUCUAGGCCAACGAGCCAGCAAAUGGGUUCUCAGAACUUUAGUCCAGGACCCACCCAUUCACGAUCUUUAUCUCAACCUUCAUUAUUUUCACUCGAUUCGCUGCCACCGUUAAGCCCGGCCCCUUUCCGUGACUCCUCGUCAACGUCUGCUUCUGACCCAGUAUCAGCUGAUGUAUCCAUGGAAGAUAGGGAUGCGAAUUCUCAUUCCCUAAUAUCACCUUCACCCAUUAAUAGUGGUAAUACUGCAAGAGUGGGUGAGGGCUUGCCUCCACGCAAGACACAUAGGAGGUCUAAUAGUGAUAUCCCAUUUGGGUUUACAAGUGUGAUGCAAUCUUCGCCACCUCUUGUUCAGUUGAGAGGUUCAGGUGUUUUGGAGCGGUCAAUCUCUGGAAAAGAGAAUUCUGGGGUGGCUAAGCCAGCUCAGCUGGUGAAAACAGAAUGGGAGAGAGGUGUUGAUAGCAAUGCUGAGGGGAUGGGUGAGAGGAAAUCUGAAGGUGAAGUUGAUGAUUUGUUUUCAGCUUAUAUGAAUCUGGAUAACAUUGAUGCCCUGAACUCCUCUGGAACUGAUGAUAAGAAUGGUAAUCAGAAUCAUGAGGAUUUGGAUAGUAGAGCUAGUGGGACAAAGACUACUGGGGGUGAUAGCAGUGAUAAUGAUGCAGAAAGCAGCGUGAAUGAAAGCGGGAGUAGUAUGCCGCGGGCGGGUUUGAGUUCAAAUGAGAAGAGGGAGGGGAUCAAAAGGACUGCAGGAGGGGAUAUUGCUCCAACCACCAGACACUACAGAAGUUUUUCAAUGGAUAGCUUCAUGGGCAAGUUGAACUUUGGUGAUGAGUCUCCAAAGCUGCCACCUUCGCCGGGAACUCGCCCGGUACAACUAUCACCCAGCAAUUCAUCCGAUGGUAAUGCCUUUAGUUUGGAGUUUGGAAAUGGUGAGUUUAGUGGUGCUGAGCUUAAGAAAAUCAUGGCAAAUGAGAAACUUGCUGAGAUUGCAGUAACUGAUCCAAAGCGUGCAAAAAGGAUCUUGGCAAAUCGUCAAUCAGCUGCUCGUUCCAAAGAAAGAAAGAUGAGAUAUAUUUCAGAAUUGGAACACAAGGUUCAGACUCUGCAGACAGAAGCUACCACACUCUCUGCCCAGCUUACUCUUUUACAGAGAGAUUCUGUUGGGCUUACGAACCAGAAUAAUGAAUUGAAGUUUCGUCUGCAAGCCAUGGAGCAACAGGCGCAGCUCCGAGAUGCUCUAAAUGAAGCGUUGAGUGCUGAGGUACGACGAUUGAAGCUUGCUACUGCAGAGCUCAGUGGGGAUUCUGACCCAACCAAGGGUAUGCUUCAGCAGCUUUCCAUCAAUUCUCAGAUGUUCCAGCUGCAGCAGCCACAGUCUUCCCAAUUGAACAUCCAUCAAUUGCAGCAGCAGCAACAGCAGCAACAGCAACAGCAACAGCAACAGCAACAAUCGCCCGUCCAACUCAACAUUCAUCAGUUGCAGCAACAGCCACAGCCUCAGCCUCAACAACAACAAAAUGGAAAGACAUCUUCAAAUGGGGAGUCCAAUCAAUAGGCUGUGAGGGAUAAGAUGUCUACUGUUGCUUAUUAUUUAUCUUUACAAUUUAUGGUGCUUCAAAUUGUUUCAUCAGUGCACUCAUUCAUUAGUUUCCCAUCUCCUACAGAAGUCCUUAAGGUGUGGUAGUUACAAGAAACUACAUUGCAUGUCCAACUCAGAAUCACCAUUGAAAGUGAUAUACAGGCCUUUAUACAUAAUGAGAUCAUUUCUUAGACCUGAUGUUUUGAUGAGACCCUAGAAGGGUUGAACAAAAUAGAACUCUUCCUUGUUUAUUCCAGUAAACGAAUCCCUUUCCCUGGGGAAUAUUCGGAUUGAAAAAAUGUUCUUUAAUAGUAUUGAUAAUUAUACAUUUAUUUUUUAUUUUAUUUGUA